ACAAGGUCGUGCGCCGAACGAGACGGGGACUUUUUAACUACCUGUUUUUGUACAGAAAGGACGGUUUUAAGAGGAUAUUUUUUGACUUUUUAAAGGUUAUAAGUGUUAGUGGCAGCCAUAAAAGGAUGUCGGAGGAAGGUGAGCGACAAAGACGCAGAGGGAAAUUAACCGUGUGUGUUUGUGUGCGCUGACUGACGUUAAAGGGAGCGACGAGAGACGUUAACGUUAAUAAACUAUGAGUGAGACUCUUCUUCCAUCCAGUAUGGAUCAGCACUCAUCGAAGGAGAUUACACCAUGGUUUAAGAUUCCUUGUCAGCGAUCUUUGGGACCUUAGUGGAUCUGUAUAACCUCAGAAAGAACGUGUGUGAUGCAUGUCUUCAUCAUCGUCAUUAUUGUGUAUUCAAAACAAUGGACCUGGACUCUCACUGGAACCAUCUCAAAACUUCCAGAUUUUUUUUGUUGUUGUUUUCAUUUAUUUAAUCUGACACACAGACAUAUUCAGGAAGUUCUCCCUGCUUCACAGACCAAAACAACACCUGACAAAAAAGGGAUAAAGAAGAAAACACUAUUCUGGUGUGCGCUUAUCAUGUAGGUUAGCAGACAGACAGAAAGCCAGAAAAAUCAAAGUGACAAGUUGAUAGACGGGUGACAUCCCUCAUACUAGCACAGGUCACAAUGCCAGACGAGUCACGAGGUCUUCAGGAAAAGGGGAGGCCUGGAGAAGAAGCCUCACAGGUGUCUUUGGUGCCAGACAUAAUGGUCGUCUCCAGUGAUGGGAAGGGUAUAACCACUGAAGGUGAUAUCCUGGAGCUUGACGACUUCAGUCAAACAACAGACAACAUAGAUCUAUCGACACAUAGCAAUGACAUUAACAUUUUGCAAUCACGACUUGGUGAAUCCCAGGUUUCUGUCGAGGUGGGUGUGGUGAAAACAGUGCCAGCCCCUGAACCUCUCAAGGCCAAUUCUUUGUUGAAGGGAAAAGGUGUGACCCUGCAGGCUAUGGAUCACGAUGCCCCAGUCAACUCAUCCUCUGACAUUCUACAAACUGACAACAGCACUUCAUUGCAAAUAAACUGCUGCAGCGACUCUGACUACAGCAGCACAAAAUCCAGCCCUGGCUAUGUUUGCACCAGUUUCAGCACUGACCUCUGUGAUGAGGUGUCACCUGAGCUCGAUUUAGACUCCUUUGAAAAGACAAACAGUAUCUCUCCUGUCAAUUUCUCUGAACCCAGUUUAGACGCUUCUCAGUCAAACAGAAACACCAAAAAUAGUCCAGACGAUGACAGAGAUGAUUCUAAAACAGCCUUGACUGUUGGACCAAAAGCAAGGAACUCAUUCAGUGGCAGUUUGCCCCCAUUCCCAGACGUUUCAUUCAAAGUCUGCCAAGCAAGGGACAGCAUUGAUGUCAGGUGGGACGAGGAGGACAGAGAUGAGGACAGGCAAAGCACCCAGUCCAGGCGGACUGUGAAAGAGGGGAUGUGUUGCUGCUAUCAGGCGUUCCACAGGGCCUUUCUGCAGUGUGUCGAGGAGACUCCGGCCAUGCUGUCUGGACUCGUGCUGUCUUUGGCAUUCUGUGUGGCCAUCAUCGUCCUCAUUCCCACCACAGGAAGGAACAUCGAUGUCCAUGUAGCCGCACUGUCAGUGGUGUGCGUAGUUCUCUGUCUGAGUACCAUGCUGCUUGUGUGCUUACCCUGGCUCGCCACAGUGAGGCGCUGUGGCGGAGCCCUGGCCCUCUUCGUCUGGGGAACACUUUAUGUCACGGCCAUAGUCUUCAUCUUCACUGGAGGACCUGUCACUACGUGGGAACAGGUAGCGUUUUUCCUCUUCCUCUCUCUGAGUGUAUACACAGUGCUGCCUCUCUCCAUGGCCUGGGCCAUCAUGGUUGGGAUUGGGACCAGCGUCUCGCACAUCAUCAUCAUCAGUGUCUACGUCCCUGUGACAAGCCCAGAGACACCAGACCUAGCUUUUCAGCUGGUGGCGAAUGCAGUGCUGUUUGGAUGUGUGAACUGUGUCGGGAUUUUCCAUCUGUGGACGACUGAGCACGACCUCAGGAUCUCCAAUCAGAAGAGAGAAAAGUUCAGCGCCAUACGCUCCCAGAAGGAAAUAAAGAAAUAUCAGCAGGAGCAGCUUCUCCUGUCAGUGUUGCCACGGUACAUUGCCAUGGAGCUAAAAACAGAGGUGAUAAAGAGACUUUCCAAGCCCAAGAGCAAUGAGGAGAAUGAAUCCAACUUCCACAACUUUCACAGCCUGUAUAUACGGCAGCACAAAGACGUCAGCAUCCUGUAUGCAGAUAUUGUGGGCUUCACAAAGCUGGCGAGUACCUGCUCACCAGAAGAGCUUGUCGCUGUACUAAAUAAGCUGUUUGGAAGAUUUGAUGACAUUGCCAAGAAGAAUGGGUGUCUUCGUAUUAAGAUCCUGGGUGACUGCUAUUACUGUGUAUCUGGUCUACCUGACCCCAUUCCCAGCCACGCCAGGAGCUGUGUUCAGAUGGGGCUGGACAUGUGCACUGCUAUCAGUAAACUUCGAGAGGCGACAGGGGUUGAGGUCAGCAUGCGGGUUGGGGUCCACACUGGCAACGUGCUCUGUGGUGUGAUUGGCUUGCAGAAGUGGCAGUACGACGUGUGGUCACAUGACGUUACGUUAGCCAAUCACAUGGAGUCUGGAGGUCUUCCUGGGCGAGUCCACAUCACAGAGGAGACACUGCAGCACUUGAAUGGAGCAUACCAAGUGGAGGAUGGGGAUGGGGGGAGUCGGGAUCCUCUUCUUACAGGAAGAAAAACCUACCUGGUGAUUGAUCCCCACAAGCCGGACAGCAUUUCCAGGAGACCUAAAUUGGCAAACACUCUUGCGUCAGGGGAGACCAGGCAGCGGGCGUCGGUACGGAUGUCUCAGUACCUGCAGUCCUGGCGGACUAUCCACCCCUUUGCAGACCUAAGCAACCCUGAUGCCAAGCCAUCCAAGAAGCCGAUCAUCCCCAGUAAUGCUGUAAAGAAUCAAUCACAGCUGUCUGCAGAAAAACCAACCUACCAGGACAGCCCCUCCUGUUUGGUUGUGGAUAAUGAUGUUAGGGGAUCACUGGACACAAUGGACAUUGCAGGGAGGAGAUUAAAGAAGCUCAACUGUUUGACUCUGCUGUUUAACGACCUGAGCCUGGAGAGACAGUUCCGCCUCUCAGAAGUAAAGGGUUUACACCAGUCAAUGAGCUGCAUAGCCCUGAUCUUCGUUACUCUUUUUGCCGUCCAAAUGCUCGUCUCUAAGAAUAACUUUGAGAUGGCUGUGUCCUAUGGUGCAACCUUCCCUGUGCUGGUGCUGCUUCUGUCCAUCGCUUUCACUGGAUACUUGGAGAAGUGGCGGUCUAAGAUGCCAUUGAGUGUUCAGUGGAUAUCAGGGCUGUCUCGUGGCGUCUCUACCAGGGCGGCGCUGCGACUGUUUGUGGUCACUCUUUGUGUGCUCAUCACCCUGCUUAUGGCUAUCCUCAACUUUGUAUUCCUUCCAGGAAACAACUGCACAUCAAUUACCAACAAGACAGAGCUGGAGGGUCUCAAACUGUACACUGUGCCUUACUACCUGUACUGCUGCCUGCUGGCCAUGCUAGGAGUAAUAGUGUUCGUCAGGACGUGCAUGACUGUGAAGGCGCUGCUGCUCACCCUGGCUGUGGUGGUUUACCUGGCCCUCUUCCUCCAUGUUUACGCCCCGAGGUCCUACUGCCUCGUUGACAUGCUUUACAACGACACCAAGCCUGGAGUGCUGAAGGACCCUCAGAUCAUGUCCGGGCUUUGGCUGGUCAUCUUUUACAUCUUAUGCCUCAUACUAGCCAGACAGGAUGAGCUGGGUUGCCGUGUCGACUUCCUGUUGGAGCGUUGUUUCCAGAUGGAGAGAGAGGAGAUGGAGACCAUGGAGAACGUCAACAAGCUCCUCCUUCAGAACGUGCUGCCGCUCCACGUGGCCUCCUUCUUCAUGGGCAAAACUAUCCGCAACCAGGACCUGUACAGUCAGUCAUAUGACUGCGUGUGUGUGAUGUUCGCCUCGGUGCCGCAGUUCAAAGAGUUUUACAGUGAGAGCAGCGCCAACCGGGACGGUCUGGAGUGUUUGCGCUUCCUCAACGAGAUCAUAUCAGACUUUGAUGAGCUUCUCUCUAAGCCCAAAUUCUCCUCAGUGGAGAAGAUUAAGACUAUUGGCAGUACAUACAUGGCUGCCGCGGGGCUGACACACUCGCCUCUGGGGGAUGAAAGAAAGAAAGUUGAGAUGUCCUACAGUCACGUGCGCUCCAUGGUGGAGUUUGCCUUUGCUUUGAUGGGCAAACUGGAGCUUAUCAACACACACUCUUUCAACAGCUUCAAGCUCAGGAUCGGAAUAAACCACGGUCCAGUGAUUGCAGGAGUGAUUGGAGCUCAUAAACCACAGUAUGAUAUCUGGGGGAAUUCUGUUAAUGUGGCCAGCAGGAUGGAUAGCACAGGAGUGCUGGACAAGAUACAGGUGACGGAGGAAACAGCCCAGAUGGUCGAGAGUGUGGGAUACAGCGUCACACUCAGAGGAGUAGUAAACGUCAAAGGCAAAGGGGAACUCACCACCUACUUUGUUAACACGGACCAAUCGUCUCCUCAUAUCUGACCUCCACCGUCAAACCUUGAACACUUCACUCAGACCUGUGUCUAAACCUCAGCUGCACAUGCUUGCUAGUGUCUGGUGUAUCAAAUGCAUCAGUGUUUUUGAACAGUUAAACUGACAAUACAUGAGACGAGCACAUGGACAUGAUUCUGGUUGUCCAGAGGUGGACACAAUCACUGGCAAGGACUUGAAAAUACUACUCUAUGUUUACUGUAAUCAUCAUGAGCAUCUGCACUGACUUCAUGCUGAAACACAGAUGUAGCAAUACAGGAUACCACCUGUUGAUCAUCUACGGAGGAACUGCCUUUGUCUUUCGGAUGAGACACUAAAUACAGUCCGGACCAGUUAAACCAAGACUUCGACUAGAAUGGAAGCAGAGAGCUUUCUACUCAUGGACCACUUCAUGGAAAACCAUGUUGCCUAUCUCUAUCCGGGUUGUCAUGUGAAACUGCACUAGGUGGCUCAAGCCCCCAUAUCUCUUCACUGUAUUAUUCUGAAAACAUUUAAUCGGAAUUAUUGUUUUUGGUACACUUAACAUGGCUGAAUCACAUGCACUGUCCAACAGUGUUCAUGUAUGAUUUAUUUAUUGGAAAAACAAGAUAACCAUCUUAGCUGUAGCAAAGAUUACUGUGGUUUUAUGAAGGAUGUUGUAGAAGUACCUUUUGUUUGAAAUAAGCAAAUACUUUUCUGCUGUUUAUCUUAGGUUGUUUUUUUUUUCUCACAGCAUUCUUGUUUCACUAAGCUACAAAACAGCAUUUACAUUGUAGCUCAGCUUUUUUCUGUCAGAGUAUAUUGAUACAGAACAUUCUGUCUUUAAACGUAGGAAAAAAUAAGGCAGUUUUUUGUGUACUUGAAACAGCUCUGUGAUACUAGUUGGUCUUUUCCAGGUGUUCCCCAACCCUCGCAAGAGGACGAGAUAAAUUUGAGGGGUCAAGAGAUAGUUCACAGCAUAGAAAAGAAAUGUUGUGUUUUUUUCCCAUCUGUUUUCUUUUAUUGUGAAAUUGUGGAUAAUUUUACCCAUUAAGCCCAAUGAAAGAACCUGGGAAGUGAAACUAACAGUUCAAAGUUCUCACACCCUAUCAACCUGUUUAUAUAGACACUGGUUUAAAAAAAACACUGAUUAGUGUUGGUCACUGCAGGAGCAAGAAAGAUUUACUGUAGCCAUGUGCAUUUAAUUAUGGGGUUCCUAUUCACUACUGCCCAAAACUGACACUUGAUGCUGUAACACAUUUGCACCCAGGCAUAAUUAUGUGCCAUGAAAAAUCGGAUAAUGCACAUUUGACGUUGCACUUUCUAAUAUGUUGUGUUUUUUAAAGGGAGUUCUGCAUUACGAUCCAGUGUUGAUUGCACAGAAUAUUUCUCCGUUUCUUCUUAGUAUGUAUUUCUGUGAGGGAUGAUGUGAAGUGUGGAUGUAAAAAGGAGCUUGAGUACGUUCAGUAAAGGAAAAUAUUUUUA